GAGCCCUUUGUCUAGGGACGGCCUGUCUGCACGAGGGGUGGGGGCUUAGGGUGUCUGGGACCCGCCCCUUAGGCCCCUCCCAGAAGCUUGUGGUCCGCCCUGUGGUCUGUGGCCCGCCAGCCAGCCCUGGCUGUCACACAUCUAACUAUCUUGCAACCCCGCGCACAUCAGGGCACAUCUGGGCAGCUGGCGCCGAAGCAUGAACGCCUCACAGGGCGACACGGCUGGAGCCACCUGGCUGAGCUCCUGCUGCAACCAGUCGGGGAUGCAGCCGGAGGUCCCAGAAGGGCCACUCCCGGUGCAGGCAGCUGUGCUGGGCGUGCUGGUGCUGCUUGUGCUCUGCGCGGUCCUGUUCCUGGGAGGCGACCUCCUCCUCCGGGCCCAGGGCCUGACUGCGCUGUUGGCCCGUGAGCUGCACGCAUCCCCAGAGGCUGAGCCCAGCAGCGAGGACUCCUAGGCAUUUGGC